GACGGAACAAGAGUUAGCAGACGCGUCGUGGUUCAUGGUUGGGAUUUUUACUAUCUACAACUACCUACAACGCCCUGGCACGUAAGAAACUGCAUCGGAGACCUAAUUACUCGGUGACUCGCCAUUUGGAACAUGGCAACUAGCUCGAAAGCUCUGAACCAUUCGAAGUAUGAACUGGGCGAUCUGCUGAGAGAUAUUGGGAGGUUUCUCGAGGAUCAAAAAGCGGCUGGCCCGGCUACGGGAUUAGUUGAUUUGAGUCCUUCGUCAACACAUCCCGCAUCAACGUACGACUCGGUGUCGACUCUGACAGAAUUUCCCAUCGGACCCAUGGACCGGCCAAGUGAGGCGCCAGCAGAUCUUCGAGCCGACUACCGUUCUAUAUCCACUCAGACCGACUUGGAAGUAGCGGAGCAUCCGCCACUUGUUGACCGAACCGUUCGGACGCCUCAGGCGUCGUUGCAGACAACCCUUGAACGCCCAAUCUUCGAGUUUUCUUUUUCAAUGGGGCCGUCAAUACAGUUCUGUUCCUCCGAAGACUCCAUCUCCAAAAUGCCGCUCGAUUCCCAUUGCUUUAGCGACACCGGGGCUACGAAGGUCAGGGGAAAGUUGCCAAGUCCCAGCUCCCUCGAUGAGCCUCAUGUUAUUCGGAGAGCGGACAUAAUCAAGGUUCCGUGGAAGGAAAAAAUCAUUGUUGUCAGGCUUCCUCCCCUCUCGUGGAAUGAAUUCAUGGCUCAAGAAUCACGGGGCCCUGAAAAGUUAGGGCUGGCUUCGGUUGCCACGGGGCUUUAUGAUACUGUCGCUGAUGACGAGACAACGGCGGCAGAUAAGAGUGGCGUAGUGGCCACAUCCCAAUUAUCUUCGCGCGAGGCGGGUGAGGCGUGGACUUUUGAAGCGAGGACACAAGGUGUCUCUGCCGUGGAGAAAGCCUCUGGUUUCCGUGUCUUUGAUCCCACGUUCUACGAAGGAGCCUGGUUUGACUUUAGCGCCAAGCAAUAACUCAUUUCAUGUACGGUUUGGUGGUGAGAAGGAAUGGGAGAAUGAUGGACAACUCUGCAAAGGUGCAGGUCAUGUGGAGUUUCUAUGCAGAGCCUUUGGUGAUUAUCAUAUAGCAGAUGGGAACUGCCUCACUUGCGUCAUUACAGCAGGACUAAAAUUAUCCGUAUGACAAUGAAUUCAUGG